CCAUUAUAACUUUGACCGCAGUGUCUCGAGUAAAGAGGGCAAUGGCUUAACAAUUAAAAAAAAACUACGUAGGAACAGUUGAUAAACGGACACCAAGAGGCGUACACGUAAACUAUCGCCACCCCGAACAGCCACUUCCGCCAGCCUCCCCAAUGAAACCGCCCAUUGCACCAGACUUCAGCAGCAAUGCCUCCACACAAACAGCACAACGGAGAUUCACCACCACCCCUACAAACACCAUCUCUCCAAGCAAAAAAAAAAUCACCCCUUCUUUACAAACCAACAAUGUUCCUCCGCGCCCACCUCUUCCUCCUCCCAACCCUCACCCUCACCCUCGCCCUCGUCGCACCCGCACCCCGGCACCCUCCCUCCCCCCACUUGCACGGCUCGAGCUGCAAACUCACAACUACAGUGACCAAAACUGUUACCGUUACCGUCCCUAUCUACGCGCCGACAGGCAAUAUCUCUGUUCCGUUUCCGAAUACGACCGUUGCGAGUAUGAGCACGAGUGUUGAUUUGGCGCCUGUGACAUUGAUUACGCUGUCCACCGAAGCGGCAACGGCGACGGGUGGGGGAUUGGAACCUAUUACGUUGAUUACUUUGCCUACUGCUACGGCUACAUCUGGGGGAGAUGGAGGGGAUGCAGGUGCGGCACCGACGCCGAAUGAUAUUGCGCCCAUUACGUUGAUUGAUAUCAGUACUGCGGUGCCUAUUUAAGUGGAAGUUUGGGGAAGUGUGGGGCUGGGAUCAUGAAUGGGGGUUAACAUCUGAGAAACACAUCUUUUGAAAUAAAUUCUUUUUUUUUGGAGGGGGCUUCGUAGUUUAUAUGGGGAACUCAAUGACAUGUCUCGUAUAGCUCUGCGGGAUCCAAGCGCAUCGAUGAACU